AACUUUUAAACCAACAUGGACAAGAAGUUGUUGCAAACUCCAUCUGAACCAUACCGUGUGUUGAGGAAAGCAGGUAAAGAUAUAAGUGCAGUACCAGUGUCACAGUGUCAGCUCAUCCUCUGCUCAGGACUGAAGCUGGUUUCAGGAGAUCCCAACCGCAGAUUGGUUCCUGAUUGCAGUGUUUGUCUCUGGACGCCUUCACACACAAGAAUGUUUUCCUACCUGGUCUUUGCUGUGCUCUGUGCCAGCUGCAUGGCAAAACCUGCCUUGGUGCACUACUCCUACUCUCGUGCUGUUGGAGGUGGUUCAGGCACUUCCUUCUCCACCAACGGAGAGGGAAGGAUCACAGCUGUCAGGGUGUGGGAGAUUAGCAACGCAUACAUCACUGGUAUCCACCUGCGCUAUGACCAUAAUUCGUCAGCAACAGUUGGUCGCCGAUAUGGCACUGUGAAUGAGCUGAACCUAUUUGAUGAAGAGGUCAUUGUUCAGAUCUCUGGUAAAUACCACUCCAACUACAUCUAUCAGCUGAUCUUUGUGACCUCCAGGGGGCGCACUCUGAUCGUCGGCCAGCCAACACAGAGCUCCUUUAACUUCUACCCAGCCCACCCGGACGCAGAGCUCAGACUGCUGAGUGGCCGCUACAAUGGCAAUGGGAUUACAUCACUGGGAGCUCACUGGGGAGUGGUCUUCAUGGAUCAAAACAGCAACAGCACCAAAGGCGGCUCCGCAUGAAGAACCGAAAAAUUAGAUCAAUUAUCCAAUACUGCUUAAUAAUGCUAAACUAUGAAUGAUCAGCCUACCUAUUUGUAUUCUGUAUGCUACUUGAUUGUAUGAGUACCUCUGGAAAGUUAAUCUUUAAUCAAAAUCUUUUUGCACAUCUGCAGCAUUGAAGGAAACAAAGCAGUGAUUUACUGCACAAUCUGUAUUAUACUGAUACUGAUUAAUUCAACAUAUGUGCAUGUGGAUAAUAUUAUUAUAUUACCUCUUUCUGUAUCAAUACCUCUGGAAAAUUCUGUGUCUAUGGAACAAUGGUUUAUUAACAAUGAAAUAAAUAAAAAAAAUAGCAGUUAAACAAA